AUGGUAGGGAUACGAUUUCAAACCCCAACCGACGUUGAUGAAUUCUUAACUAAGAAGGAAUACUGGUGUACGUGGUUCAAGUACUUCAAGGCGGGGAACAAUGUGUCGGGGACUUUUGGAAGAAUAGCAUGGUUGAAAAUUGUUGGACUCCUAUUGGAACUAUGGAGCGAAGAGAACUUCUCAAGAAUUGCAAGUGAAUUCAAAUCAAACCAAGAUGUUAAUGGUGGGGAUGAAAACUCAUAUAACAUGGAUGAGAAUAUGCUGGAAGAUGGAGAUAUCAAAGACAAAAGUGAUGAUGACGAUGUAGGGAUAUCAGAAACCAUCUUUCCAAAUGAGCCGAGGAGAAAAACGGAUGUUGCAGGCACAGGCGGGGAACCGACGACCUUAGUGGUGCUGUGUGCAAUGACGAACGAUGGCGAUUCUGGAUAA